AUGCCACGGCCCAAGAUGUUGCCGACGCCCGUCUCCUCCACCGAGAUCAAGGGCCAUGACGGGGCGCACCAAUUGUCCGCAUUGCAACUAUCCUUCGAACUGCCCCCCUUAAAGAUAGUCGACGAAGACUCGUCCUCCCUGCGACCUGCUGGUUCCAAGACCACUACGCCCGAGGCGAUAUUCCCAGUUCAACCAGCAGAGGCAGUUAAGUCCAGAAGGCGUGCAUCAUCUACAGCGUACAAGAAGCAAUUCGCGUUACCGCCCCCACCAACAAGGUCACGCACGAUCAUCCAGAUGAAGCCUCACACUCAGGAGGACCCGAGCGAUGCAGUUUUCCCUGCCAAGACGGCUUCAGCUCCGUCCAAGGCAGCUUCGUCGGGGUCGAAGAAGAAACAGUCGUCUAGCAACAGCGCGACAAGGAGGAAGAUUGCUAGGAGAACGGCGCACAGCCUCAUCGAACGGCGUCGAAGGUCAAAGAUAAAUGAUGAGUUUGCCAUUCUCAAGGACUUAAUCCCUGCUUGCACGGGGGAGAUGCACAAGCUGGCCAUUCUUCAGGCAUCAAUAGACUAUGUGCGCUACCUCGAGGACUGCGUUUCUCAACUAAAAUCCCAAUGCACCUCACACUCAUUCACCCCCACCCCCGCCGAGUUUAUACCCCCGCCCCUAGCCCGCAGGGAAGCAUACGGCCAUGACGAGCACUACGGCGACGAAGAUGGGUCAGACGUCGAGAUGAUCGGCUCUGAAGAAGGGCCCUCACCCACCAUCACCCAGCCCCCGGUAUCCCCCUCACUCCUACCAGAAGCUUUGCGUCAUAGACACGACUCUUCCUCCUCGGCGUCGACAGAUCAGCGUCGGUACAGCUACAUCCCGUCACCCACGGCUUUUUCGCCUGUGUUUGAUCCGCAGACGUGUGUGCAGGCGAGGGGUUCGCCGUUGGGGUCUAAUUCCACGCUGGCGAGCCCGGUAUUGGCUCCGCUGCGAGAAUUGGAUCAGGAGGCUACGGCGGCGUUGUUGAUGCUGAAUACGGAUCGGAGGGGGGUGGCUAGGACGGGGGGCCCCACCAGGGGGAUGAGCGUAAGGGAUCUUUUGAGUACGUGA